AGAUCGCCUUGGCCUAGCUAGCUAACCUACAGCUCGACUCUUUGCUUCAAGCCUCAGCUGAAGAGCAAAUCAAGUGCUCUCGAUCUUAAUCGUAUUUCUGACAGGAUGAGGAGCUCCAGCUACUUGCCAUUGGCUGCAGCUGCGAUCUUCCUCCUGGUACUGUCGAGGGCUAUGGAUCAGGCCCGAGCCAUCCGGCUGGACGCAGAGACCCGGGCGUCAGUCAGCGGCAGCCAAACGGCCAUUGAUAAACCAAUCGACAAUGUGGUGGACAAGGAUUCUAUCACCACGUCAGUUGGCGAUACGAAGAGAACUACUAGCGCUGCUGUGGCAGCAGAAGUUCGGGCGGUGGCGCACAAGCUGCCGGAGUUCCACGAGGACUACUACGGCCCGAGCGAUCACAGUCCUAGGCAUCACUGAUCGACCAAGAAAAGAAAUUUGUUCUCUUUUCAUCUAGUUCCAUUUCUCCUCUCCAUCUCUGACUAGCUAGCAGUAUAGGUAGCUGCUUAAGUUCCAUGUAAGCUCUGGUAGUGAGCACAUGGGGUGAAGCUUGACUCGUUUAUUUCUGCAUCUCUGUGGCAAAAAGGGAGAAGGAACAGUUCCGAUGUAGUACUAAUUGACCUCUUGACGACAGUUCAAAUUUGAAGCGACGGUCCAAAUUCACGAGU